UUCCUCAUUUUUUUUCAUCGAAAAUAAAUAGAUUUUUUGGAAGCGAUCGAUCGAAGUCGAAGCCUCUGUCCAAAUUCUCGGUUCCCGUAAUUCUAGGAUUUGCUGGCGAUUGAGAUGGAGCUGCUUGAGAUCCAACCUCGAGAACUCAAGUUCACUUUUGAGUUAAAAAAGCAAAGCUCGUGUACGGUGCAUCUUGUCAAUAAGUCCAACGAAUAUGUGGCGUUCAAGGUGAAAACGACAUCUCCAAAAAGAUAUUGUGUGCGACCAAACACUGGCAUCGUUUUACCGAGGUCAACAUGUGAUUUUACGGUUACUAUGCAAGCUUCAAGGACCGCACCACCAGAUAUGCAAUUGAAAGAUAAGUUCCUUAUUCAAAGUACAAUUGCUCCAUAUGGGAGUGCAGAUGAGGACAUUGUACCUAGCAUGUUCUCAAAAGAAAAUGGCAGAUAUAUCGACGAAAGCAAGCUGAGGGUUGUUCUUGUUAGUCCACCUCAUUCUCCAGCGUUGCAACCAAUUAAUGGUGCAUUGAAGCAGGAACCGGUUAAUGAAGCUCCUCUUGUCAAAGAAGCUCCUAUCAUGAAAGAAGCUCCUUGUCUCAAAGAAGCUCCUAUCAUGAAAGAAGCUCCUUUCGUCAAAGAAAGUCCUAUCAUGAAAGAAACUCCUGUUGCGAAAGAAACUCUUGUUCGAAAAGAUUACACACCAUUAAAUGAAGUCCACGAUCUUCCCAUAUCUCAUGUAAAGGAUUUUGAGGAUUUAAAAGUGAAGGUCAUCAAUCUUGAAUCAAAGCUAAAUGAGGCUGAUAAGACCAUCGUCAUACUGAGGGAAGAAAAGAGCUUUGCUAUUCAAGAGAGAGAUAAACUGCAACAGGAAGUGGCUCUUUUGAGAAGAAGAUGUGCUGCAAAGGUUCAGGUUGGCUUCCCCUUCUUGUUUGUAGUUUUCAUGGCACUUGUUGGUGCAUCACUUGGAUACUUGCUACGCCAAUGAGAAAGGAAAAUUCAUCGUCCCGAUGCAGCGGGGAGAUCAUGGAGAGUUUAUAACCAAAUUUAAGCAAGUAGUUGAUACGAGGAAGUACAUAGAAACAGACCAUAUCGGGUUUUUACUGUGUGUAUUAUGAUAGCAUCAUACUAGAAUACGGCACUCUCAUGUAAAGGAUCAUACUUUCCCCCCCUUCUUGUGUAUAGCCUACAGAGGAGCUAUUCAAGGUUUUCCUCCAUCACCCUGGACUUGGGACUUUUUGAUCUUCUGGGAGAGACCUUUUUGAGAUAUCAAUGUGUGUUUAAUUUUUGCA